CUUUGCUCUUUUUUUUUAUUUUCUUCGCUCUUUUGAGGACAGGAGAGCGAACAAGAAGAUAGAAGAAAAAAAUAAGCGAUCUCGACUAUGGUUCUGAAAAGGGAGAUGACGCCGUAUCUCUCGCUUGCGCUCCUUGCGCUCCUCCAACUCUCCGGACCACUGUUGUCGGAGUGCGAGGCGCGCGGCCCCAUCCAGGAGGCGAUCGAAAGCGGCGCCGCAGCCGAGUACAAUAAGGACGAGUGCACAUGGCGUCGGGGCAACGAUCGAGACUCCUGUCCCGACCCCGACGUCCACAUCCACCUCUUCACCCCGGGCAACCCGAGAAGGAAACUCGAUCCCUCGCACGUGUCCGAUUGGCUCAGACAAGAUUACGAGUCGACCAAGGAGAACGUCGUUCUCAUUCACGGAUACGCAGGUGGCGAGGACGCAUUGCCGAUGGCUGUACUGCGAGACGCCUACCUCCGUAACGGCAGCUACAACGUCUUCCUCGUGGACUGGGGCAAGCUUUGCGCUGCCCCGUGCUACCCAGCGGCGGUGUCCAACAUGAGACCGGUCGCCCGGUGCCUCGCCGUCGUCCUCACCAGUCUGCGUAACCAUGGGCUGCCCAUCGAAAGGACGAGCUGCGUCGGCCACUCCCUUGGCGCCCACAUCUGUGGCAUUAUGGCCAACUAUCUUCUGUUCCGUAUGAGCAGAAUCGUGGCCCUGGACCCGGCGAGGCCUCUCAUAAGGCCGGGCCUCGUCAAUCGACUCGACAGCGGGGACGCGGACUUCGUCGAGGUCAUUCAUACCAACGCCGGCUAUUACGGAGAGCUCGGAAAGGUCGGUCACGUGGACUUCUGCGUGAACGGGGGCAAGCUACAGCCGUUCUGCGAGAAUCGCACGAACGAGCAACUUUGCAGCCAUGUGUGGGCGGUCUGUUACAUGGCGCAGAGCGUCGACGGCGACGAGGAGAUGGUAGCCGAGCCAUGUUCGAGGCGAUGUCCUUCCGGGCCGAGGAUAGCCCCGCGUUCCGGGGAGCUUCUGGUCAUUGGACAACAAACGCCCAAGGGAUCGCGGGGCUCGUUCUGCCUCAACAGCUACGACCCGCCCUACUGCCCCAAGUAUCACGAAGGCCGGGGUGACGAGAGAUGCUGCAUCUGAAUCCACUUGACCCUUUGACCAACUCUCGUCGAUUAUAACGUCUUGUUGACUCUGCGAUAAUGCAGGCGAUAAGAGAGAGAGAGAGAGAGAGAGAGAGAGAGAGAGAGACUACUGGGAAGCAAGCUCUUAACGAAGGAACGAAAGAAUUUUCUUCGCUUUAUUUGAACAUACGGAUUUGCACGGUGACAAACAAAUUAAAAUGCUUUUCAAAGAAUUUUAAACGGAAAUAGUAAGAAAUAGAUGAAGACUCGGUUCAUUCGUCCUUCA